GCCAGCAGCACACAUCAGCGACAGGGUGGCCGCCUGCCAUGCCGAGCACUCUGCAGUGCGCCGUGGGAGCGCUUUUGGCACAGGCGUCGGCCCUGGAUCACUUUGAGGAGACGCUGCACCUGCGGGCGCUCCCUCGGGAGAUCGACUCUCCCGACCAGUACCUGGCGCGAUGGGAGUUCGAGAUCAGCGCGCCGCGCACCGCGGCCUUCCGCGCGGACCAGUUCGACCUCUUCCCGGGGCCCAUCGGCAAGCUGCUGAACGCGCAUCCGGCCAUCGAAGCCUUCGAGGCCACGCUGACCCGGGGCCGCUGGAAGCGCGGCUGGGGCGAAGCGCCCUGGGAGUUCCGGCCGCCGGGGGCAGUGCUGGCGGCUGCGUUGCAGGGCCAAGAUGAGUCGGCCACUGCCGCGGCCUACCGGUUUCUUGUGUCCACUCUGUCGGGCUCUUUGUGCGCCUCCUUCGAAGGCAUGGACCCUGCGCUCUCUAGCGCGGAGACGGUGGAAACGGAGGGCAAGGCAUCCAGGCUCCAGAGCUCCAACACGGGGGCGCGCCCGCUGCGGCUUCCGGACGCCUGGCAAACGGAACACAGCGGCCAAAGCUUGCGCCUGGCCACGCUACCCUACGAGCCGGUGUGCACCGAGAACUUGACGCCCUGGCUCAAGUUGUUGCCCUGCGGCCGGCACCGGGGUCUCUCGGCGCUGCUGGCGGCGCUGGUGGUGCCGGUGGCGGAGGCGCCCUUGGCCUCGCUGACGCUGGCGGUGGAUGUCCGGUCUGACACCGUAGUGGCACGCUCCUCCUUAGACGUGGUACUGCCCGGAGACGCGGGCUCCCUGCCGAAGUGGCUGCAGAGCUUUGCGGCACGAAAGGUGGAGAACUGCCCAGCGGCCGCAUCCUCAGUGCUGCGCUUCUGGCGAAGGGAUGAGUCCGCACUCUCGGGCGCCGGACAAGUCGAGCUGCCCACAGCGCAGCUGAGCGCAGAUCUCUCCCAGUACUUCAGCGGGCCCUGGGAGGAGAGCUCCUCAGAGACCCUUAGCGUGAUGCGAGACAUGCUCUCGCAGGAGGGCCGCAGCGAGCGGACGCAUGGCAGGUACCUCUUGCGCCUCAGCAAUCCUGGCCCCGGCCGGCGCGUGCGCUUUCUGGACCAACUGCCCUUUUUCAUCAGGCCCCUGUGGCAUACAGUCCGGGUGGUGUGGACGUCGGCAGAUGGCGAGGUGGAGCUCCUGGGAGGAGAAGCGCUAAGGCGCUUGGGAGUGCAGUUCACAGCCUCCGACGGUGUACGAGCUUGUCCCAGCAGCCCAGUGGCAACCGGCGUUGCCUUUGAUUUGGAGGACCUGCCGACUGGGAGCUCAGUGAGUGUCUUCCUGGAUGUGCUGAAGAAUUUCAUCAACUUCCGCGAGUUUUCCUAUGCUUGCGAGAAGGGCUUCGACGUGGGCGGUGCUGUCUGGCUGGACGCCGAGCUCGGUGCUUCAGGCGCUGUGGGCACGGGGGACUUUGUCUCGCUGGGGCCGACCCUGAGCCAAAGCGCCCCAUGGAGGCUUCACUUCACCGAGGGCAUGCUGGUGAUGGUGCCCAUGCCUGACUUCAGCAUGCCCUUCAACGUUGUGGCGCUCUCCUCCACAGCCGCCACCUUCUUCUUCGGCUCCGUGUUCCGCAUCACUGGGGCCGGCGGCAUGCCGCACUGGUGCACGGAGCGCGGCGGCAAGCCGGCAGUUCUGCACCCUCUGCAGAAAUUCGCCCUGCUGGGUUUGCUUGCGUCGCUAGGGAUCAACGCUCUCACGCCGGAGCACAUGGCGCAAAUCUCCGCGGCGCUACCGCAGGAUGGCUGGGGCCCCGAGCUGUACGGGUACCUCGUCUUUGCCAAGGACAAGGUCGACAGCAUUUUGGCCAAGCGGUGAGUGCUGGGAGCAAGUUGGUGUCAUGCCAAGGCCCAAAGAAGGCCGUUGGAAAGAGCGGGU